GAGAUAAAUACAGAUAAGAGUGCUGGAAUUUUAAGCCUCUAGCUUUCCCAAUGGUGUCCAAUAUUAUCAUUGUUUUGUUCCAUAUUUUUAUCUCCUUUCAAAUAUGCCCUUCAAUGGCGCAAACUAAUAACGUCAGGAUUGGUUAUUACUGGUAUUCAAAACUUGACCUUCCUGCUGCGAACAUAAAUUUUUCCCUCUUCACUCACAUUAUUUGUGCUUUUGCUCGCAUAAAUUCCACCUCCUACCAACUCUUUUUAUCGCCCGACGAAGAAAAAGUCUUCUCCAACUUGACAGAAACUGUGAAACAAAAGCACCCGUCGGUCACUACACUCUUAUCCCUUGGAGGUUUAGAAGAAAAUGUUGCAGUCUUUUCUUCCAUGGCAAGCAGUCCUUCUUACAGAAAAUCUUUCAUUGACUCCUCCAUAGAAAUAGCUAGGCUUUACGGUUUUCAAGGUCUUGACCUAGCGUGGCAAUUUCCGAUCAAUAGCUCUGAUAUGUCCAACAUGGGGGUUCUCCUUCAAGAGUGGAAAUCAGCCGUCGCUUUAGAGGCAAGAAACUCUAGCCAGCCAGAACUUAUCUUGACAGCAAGGGUUGAAUAUUCACCAUUCAUGCCUGCAAAAAGUUACCCUCUAGAGGCAAUACAACAAUACUUAAACUGGGUCAAUCUCGUAGCUGCUGGCUACCACAUCCCUCAAAAGGAGAACGUUACAGGCGCUCACGCACCUCUUUAUGACCCGAAUAGUGGUGUUUAUACGGAUCAGGGUGUAAGGAACUGGAUGGAUGGGGGAUUAUCUGCCAAUAAGUUGGUUUUGGGUUUGCCUUUAUACGGCUAUGCAUGGAAGCUUGUAAACCCUGAAGACAAUGGCAUCGGUGCACCGGCAACAGGACCGGGGAUUACAAAAGAUGGAAUUCUGAGCUAUAAGGAUAUCAAGAACCACAUUAAAGUAUCUGGUAGUAAAAUUGAUGUCAAAUACAACUCAAUUUAUGUGGUGAAUUACUGCACAAUCGAAUCAUUUUGGAUUGGCUUUGAUGAUGUUACGGCUAUCAGAGCUAAGGUUUCUUAUGCCAAGGAGAAGAAGCUACUGGGUUACUACGUGUGGCGAGUGGGGUAUGAUGAUAAUUGGGUGCUUUCUCAAGCAGCAGCUGAGGCGGAUAUUAACAAUUCUUCCGAUCAAGAGGAUAGUAAGAGGCCUUUGUUAGCCAUUAUUUUGUCUUCAACAGCAGCUGUUAUUCUUCUACUAGGAUUGUUUGUGAUAUAUUAUUGGCGGAGGAGAAAGCUCAAAUCAAGAGAGAUGCCAGAUUGGGUGAAACGAUCCAAGUAUACAGUUAAUAAAGCAGCAGUAGAUUUUAGCAGCAAUGUUCCUAAUCUGGUGGAGUACACAGUGAAUGAUAUUGAGGCAGCUACAAAUAGAUUUUCAAUCGAAAAUAAGCUUGGGCAGGGUGGAUAUGGUCCUGUCUACAAGGUAAUUUUUUUGUAGUAUAUAUAUAUAU